GAUAAGUUAAUAAAGAAAAACAUUAGUAUGUAUAGAGGUUCUUAUUUUUGUGAGGUUUUACAAGAAAUAACGAGGGAUCAAGCUUUCACAAUCCUCCCAAAUUGGAGAUGCAACUCUACAGAUGAGUUUUGUAGGAAACUUGGUCCGUUUAUAUCAGUGAUCAAUAGUACAGAUGAAAGUUUUAACGAUGUGGGACUUUAUAUGCAAGAUGUGAAGUGUAAGACGCUUGGUUCAAACAAAAAUGGCUUUUCUGUUAGUGUUUCGGCUGUCUUUCGGGCUGUUGUGCUGUCGGAGAAUCGCCACGCUGCUUGGAGAAGAUCUGCACUUAAUAAUAUGACUAUGGUCUCUGAGGGAAUUUGGAACUCUUCAAGUGGGCAGCUUUGUAUGGUUGGUUGUGUUGGACUUGUUGAUGCUGAGAAGAUUUCAUGUGACUCGAGGAUCUGCCUGUAUAUACCUAUCUUGUUUACACUCGAACAACGAAGGAUUCUUGUCGGUUCGAUUUCAAGCGUCGAUGAUAAGCCAUUAUACUCCCCUUUGUCAUUUGAAAAGUUAUUAAGACCUACAGAGCUGUGGAGUCAGUUUAGGAACUCCCAACCAUCUUAUAGCUAUACAAAAAUUGCUUCAGCUCGUGCUGUGCUUGAGAAAUAUGAGCCUUUCGGCUUUCGAACCGUCGUGAAGAAGUCAUUGCUGCAUUAUCUCAAAUGGGAAGACAAAGAAACAUAUGAGCUCAGUGAGUCUCUUCUCUUAGAAGAUCUCACCCUUAAUGUCCCUGCACUUGGUUCUCAAGCUUCCGGAUUUCAUGUUCAAAUGGAAAUUAUCUCUGUUGGUUCGUUUUUCGUAUGGGACUUGUCAAGGUUAAACGGAGCUAACUCGGACACGGAAGCUUCAUAUCAUGUUAAGCCUGAAGUCACUGAAAAGAAGCUGCUUGUUAAUGUGUCUGCACUACUGGCACUCUCUGAACAGACAAGUAGCAACUUUUCUGCACUUUCCGUGGAGGGCAUUUUCGAUCCGCUCGUUAGAAAAAUGUAUCUAAUUGGCUGUAGAGACAUUCGUUCGUCCCCGUCCUGGAGAGUUUUACACGAGACCAUGGAUCUUGAAGAUGGCUUGGAUUGUCUCAUUGAAGUGAUUGUGUCUUAUCCUUUUACUACAGCUCCAUGGUUUAUCAAUCCAUCUGCAGUGAUUUCCAUUUCUAGCCAACGGACAGAAGAUGACCCUUUCUAUUUCAGCCCAAUAAAACUCGAAACGAUGCCGAUCAUGUAUAGGAGGCAGCGACAGUAUAUUCUUUCUCGUAAGAUCGUCGAGGUUAUACUCCAGAUAUUGACACUUUCCGUGGCUAAUGCUUGCAUCUUGAGCCAAAUAUUUUAUAUGAAUGAUAAGAGGGAGUCUGUUCCAUACAUAUCUCUUGUUACUUUGGGAGUUCAGUCCCUUGGUUAUACUCUUCCACUGGUCACUCGUGCUGAAGCUCACUUCAUUCAACGAGGUUCCAUAUCUUACAACGAGUCGUAUGAUCUCGGAAAUAACCUUUGGUUCAUUGUAAAGCUUCAAGUUGUGAUCUCACUUCUAUUGACUUUGAGGCUUUGCCAGAAGGUUUCGAAAUCUAGGAUCAAGUUACUGCGACAAGCUCCUCUUGAACUGCAUCGUGUCCCGAGUGAUAAGUCGGUGCUUAUUGCAACCUUCUUGAUACAUCUCGUCGGGUACGUUGCUGUUCCCAUUGUUCAUACUUCAAGGACAGCCGAAAUCCGAGUAAAGAGUUCCAUGAUUCCUAGCAGAACUUCAGGUUCCCACAUGGUGCAGGGAUGGGAAAAAGACCUACAAGAGUAUGUAGGACUUGUUCAAGAUUUGUACUUACUUCCUCAAGUCAUUGGCAACUUGUUAUGGCAAAUUGAUAGCAAACCUCUUAGGAAGUUCUAUUUCAUUGGAAUCACAUUGGCCAGACUUCUCCCACACAUCUAUGACUUUGUGAAUCCAAGCAUGGAUUUCUACUCUACAUUUGGGGAUAUUGCCAUUCCUUUGAUUGCGUUCAUCCUUGCCGUCAUCGUCUACGUUCAGCAGCAAUUGAACUAUGAGAAACUCAGUCGGGCUCUCAUCGUCGGGCGGGUUAGGCUUCUUCCAAGAGCUUCCAAAAUGUAUCAAAGGUCGCCUUCCAAGUCAUUAUGAAGCUUUAAUCCAUCAAUGAAAUAGUGGAAGGAGAGUCAUGGAGGCAUUCUCAAGAUCAACACAUGGGGAAGAUGAUGAAAA